CGCGACGACCACCAAUGAGAUAACAACGGAACAGAUAAUGAGUAUCAGCUUUGCUGGCGCGGCGCUACUGUUCGCUCUCCUGGUCCAUUCCUUGAUGUUCCGCGCCUCCUACCGCAUCGACCUACUGAUGGCGGCGAACCUGGCUCCAUGCCUUGGCCAGGCCACCUUCUCAAGGAUUGCAACUCCGGUGCAGUGGAUGAUGCUCUUCACUUUGGUGAUGCCUGUGGGGCUCACCGCUGUGGCAGCACAGCAAGUGGCCGACGAGUCCUGGCGUCUGGCGUCGUUGGGCAGCCUCGUUGCAGCCACUAUCUACUUCGGUAGCCUGGCUUUGGGCCGUGCCAUCGUGGAUUCCUUUCAGUUCAGCUGGGUGGCAUGCGGCCUUGCUACGUUGACAUUCUUCACUUUCGGUGGUUUCUUCUGCCAGUUUGUUUGGGUGGUUGAGCCUUUCAACUUCACGGCUACCUCAGUGGUGAUGCUGACGGUCAGCGCAGUUCCAAGCAUUGUGUUGGCCUUCCUCUUUGGCCGCUGGCAGAGUAGUCGCCAUGUCCUGGGUGUUCUUGCAGACGAGGAACAACUGCGUCCUGCGUCAGCUCUUCCACAAAGCAAAUGCAAGAGAAUCUGUUUGAUCCUCUCCCUGUUCUUGGUUGAGCUUGGCAUUCUUGGUGUCUAUGGCUUGGCAGUCUACAUGCUCGAAACGCGCAAAGAGGUGAAAAAUGUUGGCUUUUUGUUGGUGAUCGGCGUGGUGAUCUUGGACGCAAUGGUCUGGCAAGUUUGGUAUCUGGGCCUGGUGACGGGUGCUGCCGAAACCGCCUUGCUUAUGGUGCUGGCACGGGUGGCCGCCUGCGUUUGGGGAGAGAACUAUUGGCUCAUGGGUCAUUCGGGAGUCUUUCUUGCCAUGGUCAUAUUGGUUGGCUACGUCACUGUGGACAUGCUUGUUCCAGCUCCAGACAGUCCCAAGGUGCGGCGUCAGCGCGCAGCAGCGCAGAUCCUGCAGACUUUGCAAGCCAAGAUGGCGGGCGGCGGUGCUGCAGCUGGAGGCGCGUCAGGUGCGGCAGAUGGAGACGCAGAGCCGGAGGCUCCGGAGGCACCUCCCGAACAGCCGAAGAAGAAGCUGCCCUGCUAUCUUCAUCCUGGGUGGCUCCUACUGGCUCUUCUGGUUCUAUUUGCAGGUGAAGUGGCUCUUGUUACGAUCCAAUUCAAGCUACCGCUGAUUUCGCUUUGCAAUACCUGCGAUGCCCGGGAGCAACAGUACUAUGCAGGUGUGGCGCUGGGCAUGGGUUUUGUUUUCACCUUGUCCUUCUUUGCCUUCCGGAAGUCCAAGUGCCAAGCAGUUGGGAAGAAAGGACCUCUCUUGGAAACGGCGCCCCUCUUCCUGGUGUUGGCAUAUGCUGGGUGGUUGGCAGUUGCUGCUUACACCAGCUGGGUCGUUGAUAGCUGGGCAGUCCUGGUGCACGUUGGCUUUCUGCCGCUGAUCAUUGGGCUUUUCUUCUCGGCGCACCAUCGAUGGGUGGUGGAUGAUUUCUACCUGGGCCCUCCGAGGAAAUCCAGCGAUCCCAAAAUGGCCCGCGUGGUGCCCGCCGCCGACGCCGCUGACGCUGCCGACGCCGCCGACACCGCUGCUGAUGCCACCGAUGCUGCGGAUGGCGCGGGGACCGAUGCUGCGGCGGGCGACGCCGAAGCAGCUGAGCCGGCAGGUGCACCUGAGGCGUCAGAAGAGCAGGGGAAGAAUUGUUUGCAAAAGAUCCCAUGGACCGUGUGCAUUUGGGUCCUGGUGCUCGUGCUGAACAUUGCUUACGGUGGAGUUUUGCACGUCGUCUCUGAGAUCCGUUUUCGCUGGGUCGGCUGGAGCAUUGCUGCUGCGGUGCUUGUGCUGGCCCUUACCUUCAUGAGCAAUCGGCUUUGGUUUGGUACCUUGCAGAUUGACCGCGCGCAACCGAUCUUGUGGGGAUUUAUCGUUCUGAUCCUCGUGUCGUGGGCCCUCUUGGUGUGGUACUUUGAGGGUGGGUUAAAGUUGGACUACUUUGCCAUCUCUCUCCUUGAAGUCGUGUUCCUCUACCCAGCGGUUUACGCGGUGUUCUUGGCGGUACAAGUACUGAGGGACAGCCAAUGGAAUCCAAAGGAUGCUAAGACAUGGCGCUUCGUCAGAAAUACCAUCCUGCUGGGCACAGCCGUCUACUCGAUCUUCUUGAUCGUCAUUGCCCUUGCUUUCUGGCCGGUGACUCUUUGCGGCUUCUGCCUCUUGUUGAUGGUGGCUAUCUUGGCCGGGGCUUUCAUCCACUGGCAGCGAAACAAUCGCUUCGUGCCGCGCAGAGUCAAGAUUGGUGUCGCUAUUUGCAUCGGCGUUCUUGUUCUGGGCGCUGCUGCUGGCAUCACGUACUACUUUCAGAGUAUAUUCUUUGGCUUCAGCGUCGUAUGCAUUGGCUUGGUGGUGCUCCUACUUGGUGCCGGUCUUCUGGAAGUCUCAGAUUCCCAGCAGCGUACCGCUUUGGAACGCCUCCGAAUCGGGUCAUCAGACUUUGCCUUCCCGAUGUUCCGCUUCAAUGCUGGGAAGCUGUCCUUGGCACAGAGUGAUCUUGUGGCUUUCUUGCAGGCUUUUGCCGUGUCCAGUGUUUGGGGCCUGGUUGCUGCUGCUGUCAUGGAGGACUGGCCAUCCAUGGGCAGCUUGGAUGUGGUGAUAGCUUGGAGGGUGGUGGAUUUUGUGUCCUACAGUGGUCAGCAGCGCGCAGCCAUCCUGCGGGAUUUGGCACGGCCGCAGCUAUAUUCAGCCGUGCGGGAUGCCCUCGAUUCAGGCGAAACCAAAGGAGCCACUGUCGCCGACGAUCCCUCAGCGGCACCAGCAGCUGCCACAGAAGUGAGUGAGAAGGAGACCCAGAAAGAACUGGUUGAGGCUUUGCAGAAGUUCCGCUCCAGUCGGCAAGAGGCGGUGAAAGCCUAUCGAGACCAGGUCAAAGUUGCUUGCGCUGGCAGAUUCAACACCUUUCCGCUGGCAGCACUCUUUCACACCCUGAAUGCUGGAGUUGCCCUCAUCAGAAAAGGAUGCGUGACCCUAACAACGCCCACAGACCCACGGGAAGAGCAUCGAACUCUGCUGAAUUGCGCAAGGAGCAGGCUAGCUGCAGUGCGUCGCCAGCAACGCUUCCAAGCUCGUUUGCAGCUUUGCCUGGUCUCUGCCCAAGCACAGCAGAUGUGGGCCAAAGAGUCUGAAUUCCGCGCCUUUUUGCAAAGCACAGGCACUCACGGCAAGGGCCUGACCAUGGACGACUUCAAGCAGUUACCUGAGUCAGAGAGACUGGAGUUGGAAGGAGCAUGGCAGGCGUGGAAGGAGUCUGAAGCAGAAAAGCUGAGGAUAGAAGAAGAACGCCGUAAAGAAGAGGAGGAAGCAGCACAGCGGCGCAAGGAAGAAGCUCGCCGUCGCAAGGCACAAGCAAGAGAGGACUUGGAGAAGCUCAUCAAAAGCUGCGGCGUGCCAAAGAAAAUUCAGGAUGCCAUUCAAACCUCCAUGGCCGCCGGUCUCAUGGAAUCAGAUGAUGUCAUGGGCAAAGCCCAGCAGCGCGUCAAGGAGCUACAGACGGCAGAAAAAGCGUUGGAGGAGGCGCUUCAAAGUCAGGACGAAACGGAGGCUCAAGUUGAGAAGCUCAAGGAUGCGGCUGCCCGAGCAUCCGUGAUCGGCCUCGAAGGUGACCUCAUUGAGAAGGCGCAGCAGAAGGCCGAGGCGAUCCAAGCAGCGAUCAAGGCGCGAGAAGAAGAGGAGAAACGGAAGAAGGAAGCGGAGAGACUGAGGAAAUUGCAGGAAGAGGCCAGAAAACGCAAAGAGGAGGCCGAAGAGGAACGCAAGCGGAAAAGAGAGGCUGCACUCAAAGAAUUGGAGGGAGCAUUGAUGAGAGAGGAUGAAGGCGCUGCUCUAAUCGACAUUCUGCAAGCUGCCAUUGACAAAGCAACCGUUGCUGGCAUCGAGGGUGAUGUGAUUGAGCAGGCCAAACAGAGGAUCCAAGAAAUCCAGGUCACUCUGGAUUCUGCUGCCGACGAAGAGAGAAGGCGGAAGGAAGAGGAACGGAAGAAGAAACUUGCAGAAGAGGCUGAGAGAAGACGGAAGGAAGCGGAGGAGGAGAGGAGACGCAAAGAGGAAGAGGAACGCAAGAAGAGGGCAGGGGCGCCGAAAGUCAUUGAGGCUAACCUGGACGAACUGAAAGCGCAGGUGAAAGACAACGAUUUCGAAGACACUGUAUGGACACCACAGGUCUACGGAUCAAAGGCAAAUGUUCCAGAAUAUAAGUUCAAAAAGUUGCGGGAGAUGGUUGGCAAGGUGGAACUUUUCAGUAAUGGCUGCUCUCCAGGGGACAUUCAUCAAGGAGAACUGGGCGACUGCUGGUUCCUUUCAGCCAUUGCAUGCCUAUCGGCCAGAGAAGAGAAGAAACCCAAAGAAAAACAGAUGAAAGAACUGUUCACUUAUACCGAUACAGAGGUGGGUCUUUAUGUCGUGCGCUUCUACAAGAACGGCGUUUACCAGGACAUUGUGGUGGACGACAGAUUCCCCACCAAAUGGGGCCAGUGUUCCUUUGCCUCUUCUGGGAAGAAGUCAGAGUGCUGGGUUCAAAUCAUUGAGAAAGCCUACGCAAAGCUUCAUGGCACCUAUGAUUCGAUUGAAGGAGGAUUUGUCAACGAUGGCCUGGUUGACAUGACAGGAGGCAUGGGUGGCCAGAUCCGUCUGCAUGAUAAAGAAGCCAAGAAGGAGAUCAACGACGGAACGAUGUGGGCCACACUGAAAAGCCUCAAUCACGAUGGGCAUUUGUUGGGCCGGGGCGAUAUGGGGAUUGUGAGCCUUGGAGAAGCUGCCACGCCGUUUGUGAUAUACUGGGAAGUGGCUUUAUUGAUGGACAUCGAUUGGUUCAGCUGCGGAAUCCUUGGGGCAUCCUGGUAUGAGGUUAUGGACAAACGGCCAGCUCAUCCUGCAUGGCCCGGCAUGGCUGCAGUUUCUGCUUUGCACCAUGUGGACGAUGAUGAAGACAGCUGGACGCAGAAGAUGAAGAAGAAACUGGAUUUCAAGAAGGCUAACGAUGGCACCUUUUGGAUGGCCUUUGAAGACUUUGUAUUGCACUACCGAAGUGUGUACAUUUGCCGUGUCUUCGACGACGAGUGGAAACGCGUCACGGUGACUUCUGAAUGGCGGGGGGAAACUGCAGGGGGCUGCUCCAAUAAUUUCUCGAAGUAUGCGAAAAACCCCAAAGUCAAGCUGAAGAUUGUUGGCCGGGUGAAGUUGUUCCUGACAUUGAUGCAGCACGACUCCCGCGGUGUGGGUGAAGGAGAAGGGGAAAUACCCAUUGGCUUUCGAGUCUUCAGAGACACGAACUUGCGCAGUAGUGCCGUUUGUGGCACUGGCACCUACGCUUACGACCGCGAGGCCUCAGGAGAAGCGGUCUUUGUUGACACAGACUUGGAGGAGAAUUCCAAAGGUGGACCGUAUAUCAUCGUCCCAACCACAUUUGAUGCCGGCCAGGAACGAGCAUUCACCAUGAAAGCCUAUUGGAAGGGAGAUGCAAAUGCCGUCGUGAUGUACAUGGACUAA